GUCCUUUUUCUCUUGUCGCAACCGCUUGCUCUGGAAGGUUCUGACCGGGACCGGGUGGAGAGAUCUAAAUCUGAGUCCAUCCGAACCCGAAUCGCGGUGUUUCAGCCCCGGGGCGCAUCAGGCCCGUUCUGAAGAUUUCUCUUAACAUUUCCCAACGAUUAUAAAUUUGCAAUGCCCGAAGCGAAGAUGGCACCGAAAGUCUCAAACAUGAGCACAAACAAAGGAGGGGCGUAUGUGGACCGUGACAAGCCGGCCCAGAUUCGGUUCAGUAACAUCUCUGCUGCCAAAGCUGUUGCAGAUGCAGUCAGAACAAGCCUGGGGCCCAAAGGCAUGGACAAGAUGAUUCAGGAUGAGAAAGGUGACGUGACCAUUACCAACGACGGCGCCACCAUCCUGAAGCAGAUGCAGGUGCUCCACCCUGCAGCCAAAAUGUUGGUGGAACUAUCCAAAGCCCAGGACAUUGAGGCUGGUGACGGCACCACCUCUGUGGUGGUGAUUGCUGGGGCGCUGUUGGACGCCUGCUACAAACUGCUACAGAAAGGCAUUCACCCCACCAUCAUCUCGGAGUCCUUCCAGAAGGCUGUGGAGAAGGGUGUGGAGGUGCUGACAGGCAUGAGCCGGCCGGUGCAGCUGAGCGACCGAGAGACGCUGCUCAACAGUGCCACCACGUCGCUGUGCUCCAAGGUGGUGUCCCAGUACUCCAGCCUGCUGGCGCCCAUGAGCGUAGAUGCCGUCAUGCGAGUCAUCGACCCAGCCACUGCCACCAGCGUCGACCUACAGGACAUCAAAAUCAUCAAGAAGCUCGGAGGGACCAUUGAUGACUGUGAGCUGGUGGAGGGCCUGGUGCUGACCCAGAGGGUGGCCAACAGCAGCGUCACGCGUGUGGAGAAGGCCAAGAUCGGCCUCAUUCAGUUCUGCUUGUCCCCUCCCAAAACUGAUAUGGACAACCAGAUCGUGGUGUCAGACUACGCCCAGAUGGACCGCGUGCUGCGGGAGGAGCGUGCUUACAUCCUCAACAUGGUGAAACAAAUUAAGAAGGCUGGCUGUAACGUGCUGCUCAUCCAGAAGUCCAUCCUCAGAGACGCUCUGAGCGACCUCGCCCUGCACUUCCUCAACAAAAUGAAGAUCAUGGUGGUGAAGGAAAUCGAGAGAGAGGACAUAGAGUUCAUCUGCAAGACUAUUGGCACCAAGCCCAUCGCCCACAUUGACCACUUCACUCCAGAGAUGCUUGGCACAGCAGAGCUGGUGGAGGAGGUCAACCUGGAUGGCUCCGGCAAGCUGGUCAAGGUUACAGGCUGCACCAGCCCUGGGAAGACAGUGAGCAUUGUGGUUCGGGGCUCCAACAAGCUGGUGAUCGAGGAGGCAGAGCGCUCCAUCCAUGAUGCGCUGUGUGUCAUCCGCUGCCUGGUCAAGAAGAGAGCUCUGAUAGCUGGUGGCGGCGCUCCAGAGAUUGAGCUGGCCGUGCGUCUGGCAGAGUACUCACGCGCUCUGGGUGGCAUGGAGGCGUAUUGCGUGCGGGCGUACAGUGACGCCCUCGAGGUGAUCCCCUCAACGCUGGCUGAGAAUGCCGGCCUGAACCCCAUCUCCACUGUGACGGAGCUCCGCAACAGGCACGCUCAGGGAGAUAAGAUGGCCGGCAUAAACGUCCGCAAGGGAGGAAUCUCCAACAUCCUGGAGGAGCUGGUGGUGCAGCCUUUACUGGUUUCCAUCAGUGCACUGACCCUGGCCACUGAGACGGUCCGCAGCAUCCUCAAGAUUGACGAUGUGGUGAACACCCGAUAAGAGAUUUGAGUCCACUGAGUUCUGUCCACUAAGCCUGCUCGUACUGCGAGUGAUCAGAAUACUCUGUUGAUGUCAGUCUGUUCAGAUUUCCCCUGCAGUUGUUGCGUUGCAUAAUUUAAUAAAAACCAGGCUUGUUGUUUUUGUUGACACUC